CCUCAUCAUACCCAAGCAGUCUUCCCUUCACUCAAUACUUGAUACCCCCCCCCCCCCCGAUAUAACCCAAUCCACGACUGUCUUCUUUCCCUCUUUCCCUCUUAACUUGACAUUCUUCCUCAUCUUCACAUUGACUGUCUUUCUUGUUCAACAUGCCCGCCUACGACGACAACGAGCUUCACACCCCAAACUCCCCCAGCACCCUCCGCAAGAUGUCCAACAUGAAUAACGGCGAGGGUAACGGCGAGGGCCACCACGACAGCCUCGCCAUUCCCGGCGACGAUGCCAACGGCCCUCAGGAGAUCCCCGCUACCAGGUCCUCCAUCUCAGAGGCCGCAAAGUACAUGCACAACCUCAGCGUCUCUCCCUCGAUGAGGGACCGACGAUCAUCCCGAAACUCUUUCGGUACUGCUCUGCCUAUCCCCCGCAAGCGCCAGUCGCGCCUCUCCUCCGUUCACCAUGCCGACGGUCGACCCACCCGUCCCGGCAUGCCCCCGAUCCAGCCUACCCGAGAGCUCCUCGUUGCUCAGGUUCAGGACCUCCAGGCUGAGAAGGUCAAGAAGGCCAAGAACAUGGCCUUUGCCUUCGAUAUUGAUGGUGUUCUCGUCCACGGUGAUCGUCUGAUCCCCGAGGGUAAGAAAGCUCUUGAGAUCCUCAACGGUGACAACGAGCUUGGCAUCAAGAUCCCUCACAUCUUCCUUACCAACGGAUCUGGUAAGAUCGAGAAGGAUCGCUGCGCGCAGCUCUCCAAGAUCCUUGGCAACCCUGUCGAGACCGACCAGUUCAUCCAGUCUCACACCCCCAUGAGUGCUCUGGCUGAGUACUACAGCACAGUCCUCGUCGUCGGUGGUGAGGGCUACCGCUGCCGCGAGGUCGCUGAGCAGUACGGCUUCCGCAACAUCGUCGUCCCCAACGACAUUGUCGCCUGGGACCCUACCAUUGCUCCCUACCGCGUCUUCACUGAUGAGGAGCGCGCCACCUCUCGUCCCCGCGACUUCACCAAGAUCUGCAUCGAGGCUAUCAUGGUCUUCUCCGACUCGCGAGACUACGCUACAGACAUGCAGAUCAUCAUGGACGUCCUCCGCGCAAAGAACGGUCGUCUGGGCACCGUCGCUGAGGACCCUGUUGCAGAGCGCGUUCCUAUCUACUUCUCCCAGGGCGAUCUUCUCUGCCCCACCGAGCACCCUUACCCUCGUAUGUCCCAGGGUGCUUUCCGCAUCGGUCUCGAGGCUAUGUACAAGGCCCUCACUGGUGCUGACCUCGAGCGUGUCGUCUACGGCAAGCCUGAGUUGGCUACCUACAAGUAUGCUGACGAUGUUCUGACCUCAUGGAUGGGCGAGCUCCACGGUGAGGAGCGUCUUCCCGAGCACAUCUACAUGAUCGGCGACAACCCCGCGUCCGACAUCAUCGGUGGAAACAUGUACGGAUGGAACACCUGCUUGGUGCGCACCGGUGUCUUCCAGGGCGGAGACAACGACGAGAACAACCCCGCCAACUUUGGCGUCUUCCCCAACGUUCUGGAAGCCGUCAAGAAGGCUCUCCGCAAUGAGCUUGGCCAGGACUUCAAGUGCUUCUUCGAUGAGAAGAUCAACCCCGUCUUGCACGGUGACGCUGCUGAUGCCGCCGCUGUCGUCUAAGCGUGCGACAAUGACAUUUUUAACGAAACUUUGUUUUUUUAAUGGCGUUUGGAUUUUGGGGGAAUUGAAAAGUCUACGACGAAUUUGAACCCAUGGAUUUUGACUUUUUGGCAUAGACCAGCGAUAGAAUCUUGAUAUCAAUAGCAUAGAUUGAAUUGGCCAAGAUGACACUCGGCGGACGCGUCUGAGUGUGUCUUGGGGAAUUGCCUGGAGCAGUUCAAUUGAAAGCAAAUUCUCAA